AACUUUCCAUAGGCUUAGACUACCUGAUCAUAACCACUGUUGUGUUGUGCGUAUUUUUACGCAGCUCCAGAGCGCGGUCUCCACUGCUGCGUAAUCUUUAUGUCCUCGCCAUAAACGCAGCGCGCGCUGGCUGCCGGCGUGUCUGCGCAGCAUCAGGAGCGGCUUCGCAUCACUUUCUUCAUUCCGCUUCAUCUGACACAUUCAAAUGGGAACUCGCUGCCUUCCGCUCCGACGCGGCGUCUGCGCGCAGCCAGCGAGCAGAGCGCACAUCUGAGGAAGAAAUACGCAAGAAAGAAAACAGAUUUUGUCUUUCCAAACAUAAGGCUGCAAUGAUUGACAAGGCAGUGACAGAUCCUUUCCAGCAGGAUGUGCGUUUUCUUAUCACAUCCUCCUCCAGCUGCUUAUAACUGGAAGGUGGAAAAGGCUCCAUAUGGGAAAAGUUUUUGCUCAAUUUCUAAAGAACAGAAAGGCUGCCUGUUUAUCGCUUGCUUCGUCCUCGUGCUCACCCAGAGCUCCAUUUUCAGCCUGCUGGCCAUCGCUGUAGACCGCUACAUCGCAAUCAAGAACCCACUCAGGUACAACAGUCUGGUGACGGGGCAGAGGGCGAAGGGCAUCAUUGCAUUCUGCUGGGUUCUGUCUGUGGCCAUCGGCCUGACUCCCAUGUUUGGCUGGAACACAGGUUGGAAUUCAACUAUCACUACAUCGGAGAACAAGAGGUGCUCUGAAGGCAUGACCGAAUGCUUUUUUGAGAAGGUGGUUACCCUGCACUACAUGGUCUAUUUCAACUUCUUCGGAUGCGUGCUUGUGCCUUUGUUCCUCAUGCUGGUCAUCUACAUCCACAUCUUCAUGGCGGCGCGGCGGCAGCUCCGUCUCAUGACUCUGAAAGUGUCCCAGACUCCCGCUCCUGGACAGAGAGCCCCCACCCCCAGCUCCUCGCGCUCCUUUCUGCAGAGGGAGGUGCGUGCUGCCAAGUCACUGGCCAUCAUCGUGGGCCUGUUUGCUCUCUGCUGGCUUCCUCUUCAUAUCAUUAACUGCUACAACCAUCUAUGUCAGAACUGCGAGCGCCCACACAUACUGGUGAUGAACAUCGCCAUCAUCCUCUCCCAUGCAAACUCCGCCGUGAAUCCCUUCAUCUACGCCUACCGCAUCCGGGAGUUCCGGCAGACUUUCCAGAAGAUUUGGUGGCAGCACAUCAUGAGGCAGAGAGACAGCUGCAGGGUUGGACCGGGGGACACCAACAGCAGAGAAAUCAGAAGCCACAGUAUCAGACGGACCUCCCAGACCAGUAAAGAUGACUCAUCUGGAGGCACAGUGGUAAACAGUUUUGUUCUGGAGGUCACUCCUGACCAAGCAGGACAAAAUGCUGCUCGUGAACUUCCUUGGCAGUGGACAUCAUAUUCCCAUGUGGAUUCCAGCUGCUGCAUAACCAAUGGACACCAAGGGAAAGGUGGCCCUUCAGCAGAGCAAGAGGAGCCUUACAUAAUAGAUUCUGCAGAACGUUCUGAUGCAGAAACGAGCCGAGCAUCUAAUGCCGGGGAGCUAAAGCACACGGGAAGCUGCAUUUCUUUUGUAAAUGUUCCGACUUUCUCACAGAAACAUACGGACUGUUCUGCAGGUACCGCUGAUGUGUCAUGAUGAAGAGUGUCACCGACAGGACACGAAAAGUAAAACACAAACAUGUCAACAGUUUAAUAAAGACUGGACCAGCUGCAUUAAAAAAGUACUGCUAACUUGA